GUUUAAAUCAUUAAUAAUCACAUCGAAGGACCGGCCGCGAGACGGCCAAAAAAGCCCCGCCUUUUCUCCGUUGAAGUCCGCCGCUCGCCUCCGUGACCGUCGACGCCAUGAACGAUUCAUGGUGUUUUUUUUCAUUAUCUCUAUGUAUUAAAGCCCUUCUCAUCCCUGCAUACCAUAGCACGGAUUUUGAGGUUCACCGCCAUUGGCUCGCCCUCACGUCCUCGCUUCCACUCUCUCACUGGUACAUCGACACCUCAAGCCCAUGGACCCUAGACUACCCCCCGAUCUUUGCCUAUUUCUCCUUCCUUCUAUCCCUCCCCGCCUCCCUCAUCGAUCCCACCAUCACCGACCUUGUCGCAGGCCAGAACUACGCCGCUCCUUCGGCCGUCGUUUUCCUUCGCCUCUCUGUCGCCGCAGCGGACCUUUUUCUCCUCUCCGGGGCUCAUCGUCUGUCCAGCCGUCUACCUCCUUUCCGCCGUCGUAUCUUGCUCGCUCUUGUAAUCUGGUCUCCUGCGCUACUGAUCGUGGAUCAUAUACACUUUCAGUAUAAUGGAUUUUUUUUGGGGAUUUUACUAAUUUCGCUAGGUUUUAUGGUGGAGGGAAGGGAUCUUGCUGGGGGGAUCGUGUUUGCUAUUUUGAUCUGUUCCAAACAUCUUUUCAUGGUGGCUGCACCUUUGUAUUUUGUGUAUUUGCUCCGGCAUUAUUGUAAUGGUGAAUGGAGUAGGGCGGUGGCUAGAUUUUUGGUGAUGGGUUUGGCGGUUGGGGCGGUCUUUGUGGCCACUUUUGGGCCAUUCGUUUACUACGGACAGAUCCAACAGGUCUUCCAUCGUCUAUUUCCAUUUGGCAGGGGUCUGUGUCAUGCAUAUUGGGCUCCAAAUUUUUGGGUAUUUUAUAUAAUCCUUGAUAAGGUUCUUGCUUUUAUUCUUGGCAAACUAGGAUUCAUUAUUCAAACACCAAAGGCUUCUUUCACUGGUGGACUAGUCGGGGAUUCCUCAGCCUUUGCUGUCCUUCCCCAGAUCAACCCUAUUAUAACAUUCUUGCUAGUUCUUCUUGCCAUGUCUCCUUGCCUCAUUAAGGCAUUUGUAAGGCCCCAGCCAAAACAGAUAAUCAGAUGGGUGGCUUAUACCUUCACCUGUGGGUUUAUGUUUGGUUGGCACGUUCAUGAGAAAGCUUCGCUCCAUAUCACAAUCCCUCUUGGUAUCAUUGCUACGGAUAGUCUGGCCGAUGCAAGACACUAUUUCUUAUUGUCCAUCGUAUCCUGCUAUUCAAUGUUCCCAUUGCUUUUUGAGCCCCAGGAAUAUCCAAUAAAAGUACUGUUGCUGGCCAUAUACUCGGUUCUCAUGUGGGUUGGCUUUUCUUCUCUUUUCAGCAAUAGUAAAGCUCCUAAACCAGCAAUGGAGAAGAAAGUUGAAAGAUCUGGCAAUGGAACUGGUUUAGUUGGACCAGUUUCUUCCUGCUAUCUCCUAGGGUUAGUGGGUGUUGAGAUUUGGGGCCAGUUUCUUCACCCAUACAUUUUUGGUAGCAGAUUUCCCUUUCUUCCUCUGAUGCUAAUUUCUUUCUAUUGUGCCAUUGGUAUGAUGUACUCAUGGGCAUGGCAACUUAAGCAGAUCAUCAGAAACAGCUGAUUAAGGCUUCGUUUGGGACGGCUUUUUUACGGCAUCUUAAAGCGUCUUUUUAGUACAAAAAUUAAAAUUUGUGUUAAAAUGUUGCUUAGGAAGCAGUAAAACAGCUGUCCCAAACAAAGCCUAAAUUUAAUCCACAUGCUUUAGGGUUUCAAUUUUCAUUUUUUUUUAAUUUAAUUGUAAUCUAUGGGAUCAAUUUUUUGGCAUGUUUCUUGAUUAAAUGAUACUCUUUGUUAUUGUAAGUUGGACAUAAUUUAAGCUUCAAUUGAUAUAAAAAGUUAUUGGUCCUUUAUGAUA